UUUGAAGGUUUUAUUUCUAUCAAAUUAGCAUUUAAAAGUUGAACAUUAACGCUUGGGAAUAGAAGGCGCUAGAUUUUAGGAUUUUUGAUCGAAUAGGUCGAAGGCUGUGAGUGUUUCCGUAUAUGGUCAUAGAGACAACGAAUUUCGAAUUCCUAGUAGGUCAGGGAUCACGGUGGCGAUAUGUAUGACCCCCCUCUAGCGGUUAAUGGCACAGUGCUGUAGUGACGCGCCUCGCAUAGUUUGUCUCAUUCCUCGCAUUCUUUGUUCACCUCCUUCGUCCAAAAGCGCAAAUCAACUAAAGCAUUCUAAAGACCCAGACGCAUUUCGCCUCUUAAGAUAACAACAUUACGUAGGAGCUCAUAGUUUAGAUACCCCGGCGGCUGGAAUUAAGCACAGAGCUACGAGCAAGCUCGAAUCCAGUCAAACUUUUUGGCUGAUCUAUCGACGAUAGAAUACCGAGGUUAUUUCAGUGGAAUUGUAGAAACAGCCGCCAAAAUUUCGUCCCCGGAGCAAGACGAACUCGAAAUGGCGAAUUCGCCCGACGAUGACAGUAAGGCGAAGAGCCCGACUGAUAUGGCAAACGAUGCUGAGGGCGUUUGGAGCCCAGAUAUAGAACAAUCCUUCCAGGAAGCUUUAGCCAUAUAUCCUCCCUGUGGGAGAAGGAAAAUUAUUCUCUCCGAUGAAGGGAAAAUGUAUGGUCGCAAUGAACUUAUAGCUAGGUAUAUCAAACUGCGGACAGGCAAAACAAGAACUAGAAAACAGGUUUCAAGUCACUUGCAAGUUCUAGCCAGGAAAAAGGCGCGGGAAAUACAAGGCAAAAUCAAGGAUCAGGCCGCUCGGGACAAAGCACUCCAGACUAUGGCCUCCAUGUCCUCGGCACAAAUCGUCUCUGCAUCUGUGCUUCACAACAAGUCUAUGGGCACUGCCUCAAUGUCCGCUGGGUAUGCUGCAGCCAAUGAGAGCCCUUCAUAUCAGUACUGGCAGCCAGGGUCAAAUCAGCAGGCCGUCGGGUACAACUCUGCUAACCAGUCACCCUACGGCAGCCCUAUUCAAGGUGGCAUGCCAGGAAAUGUGGUCUCUACUGCUACCUCCUCUAGUUCAGCUGGUGCUGUUGUCAACUCUCAAGAUGAGAUGAGGACUUCUGCAUUCAGUGGGUCCCCCGCCCUUGCCGCCAGCCCUCCAACUGGGGCCACGCCCUGGACAACAUCCAGACAGGUUGGUCAACUGCCUCUUCGACUGGUUGAAUUCUCAGCAUUUUUAGAACAACAACGCCUGGACCCUGAUACAUACCACAAGCAUCUCUUUGUUCACUUAGGACACAACACAAACUUCUCAGAUCCAUUGCUGGAGGCAGUGGAUAUUCGACAGAUUUAUGAUAAGUUUCCAGAGAAGAAAGGAGGUUUGAAGGACAUGUAUGACAAAGGUCCACAGGCUGUUUUCUUUUUGGUCAAGUUUUGGGCUGACCUCAAUACCAAUAUUCACGAUGAAACAGGAGCAUUUUAUGGCGUCUCCAGCACGUAUGAGUCGAGUGAGAAUAUGACUAUUACCUGCUCAACGAAAGUCUGCUCAUUUGGAAAACAAGUAGUGGAAAAAGUAGAGACAGAAUAUGGCCAUUUUGAGAAUGGUCGAUUUGUGUAUCGUAUUCACCGGUCUCCGAUGUGCGAGUAUAUGAUCAACUUCAUCCACAAGCUGAAGCAACUCCCAGAGAAAUACAUGAUGAACAGUGUACUAGAGAACUUCACAAUCCUGCAGGUGGUUAGCAACCGUGAGACCCAGGAGACACUCUUGUGCCUGGCGUACGUGUUUGAGGUGUCAACCAGCGAGCAUGGGGCCCAGCACCAUAUAUACCGCUUGGUUAAGGACUGAAAAACUGUCUAGAUGUUUUACCGCAGUGGUUGACAUGCAUAGGAUUAGCUUUAGUAAUAUGCGUAUAAGAACAUGUCUGCCAACAUUUCACUGUCUGCUUAGGGUAACACGUUGGUGGGUGGUCACAGUGGCGAUAAGUGUGUGUAAACCAAACCCUCACUAAUCUUACAAUUGGCCGUCUGUGUGAACAGUGUUUGCACGUAGUUCUAGUGCAUCGUUAUACAUGAUGGCCGAUUAUUCACGCAUGUCAUGUGAUACACCUACCACCAAACAAGGAUCCAUGUAUGGCACAGUUUUAGUGUGCUGUGCAUGUGUAUAGCCUUUAACCAAACAUAGUUUGGUUUAUUUUAUAAAUAUAUAUAUAUAUAUAUAGCUAUAUUACAAAAUAUUUUCGGUCUGUGUCAUUUAGAAAUGAACUAUUCAUAUGCUUGCUCUAUUGGUAUUAUAGCUAUUUUUAGGAAAUCUAACUUUGUAUAAUCUUUUAAAACACAAUUCUUGUACAUUCAUACUGUUUGUCAUUUGAACCACUCUUAACAAUUUAAACUCGAGACCUGAACAUUAUGAAAUAACUAAGACACUCUCCCAUCUUUUAAGCUGUGCAAAGAAUUCUGAGUUAUCAUAGUAGAUAACUGCUCUGUCUGUAUUAUAUUUGUUUUGCAAAGCCUUAUUGGGUUUAAAAUCUUCAGUUUUUACAUAUUGGUCUAAGAGAUGGGACAAAAUAAUUAAUAAUCCCAUUCAGAUAUUCCAUCUACAUUCACUAUUUCUGCACUUCUUGGUACUUCUGUACAAAUUCAUGUAAAAAGUACUUUCUAGUUUGUCUACUAGGCUAGCUUUGCAAAAUGCAGUUUACAUAACGGUUGUAUUUUUAAUCUUUGUAACUAAAUGUGAUAUUUUGUAUGGAUCGGUAAUUAUGGUUAUAGAAAUUUAUAUAUUAUCUGCAUGAAUUUCAAUGAUUUGGUAAAUGAUCUAAUUCUCAUUUGUAGUCGAUCGUAAAGGUUAAAAAAUGACAAAAACAGCAAAUUCCAUCGUUUCGUAGGAACACUAGACGUAUGCUGCAACAUGCGUGAAAUUUCGUUGAGCUUAAUGUAUGGGCUUCCUGUGUAUUCUAGGCGAUAGCAUGGUCUCUGGGGAGGGGGUGGGGUGGGUAAUGGCACAUUGUAUUGGGAGGGCAAUAAAAAAUAAAAUCCAUUUAUGAAAACA